UUUCCAGGGCCACAGUUAUGAAAUAUUUGGCUGUACUGCUCGUUUCUUCGUGGCUAGGAUACGCAUAUGCAUGCUCCUGUGCUCCUGAGCCACAGGAGGACAUAUUUUGUAGGGCAGAUUAUGGCUUUCUGGUUAAAACAAAGGACAAUGGAACUAUCGAUGGAUAUUACAAGAAGUUUGGAAUAGAACUUAUUGAAAAUUACAAAACACAGCUUGGAAAAAGAAACUUGAAGUUCCUGUACACAGGUAAAGAUGGUGGUAUGUGUGGCGUGAAUUUGAAGAAAGACACGUAUUACAUUCUCACAGGCAACUACGCCACGAUCCAAGACGCAAAUGGAAAGAAAAAGAAAAGGAUGACGAUAGGAUUGUGUGGCUUUCGGAAGGAAUUCAGUCCUCCAACCUGCAAUGCAAGGAAAGAAACAUAGAACAACAUCCUUGAACAUAUUUGAACAUGGAUGUUUUUUUGUUAAAUUUUUAUCAUAUGUUUAAGCAGAUACUGUAAACGUUCAUUUAUUAGUGCAUGUAAAAAUCUAGCGAUGUGCCAGAAUACACGAAUUAACGCUAAUUGGAUGACAAUUCAGUUGAGUGUUUACGAAGAUCCUAUAUCAAAAAAUGUUCCCCUAGAAAUACCAGCAUUGCAUGCAAUAAUUGAAAAUACAUGUUAACAUCAUGUAUAAGAAGUACCUUUGAUAAGAUAUCUAAGGUUAUUAAAUGGCGUAUUAUUCAAAUUAAUAUGUAAUAAGUAUUGAAUAAAGAGCGAUGAAAUUCUA